CGUGGUGUGUUCGCUCGGAAUUGUUGGUGACGAGACGCCGGACAAGUCCUUUGGCUUGGCACUACGAUCGCGAGAGAAGAUGAAAACGAUGCUCGGUGGUGAAGCGAAACUUUGUCUAUCUUCUUCCUCUUUUUUUUUCGCUUUUGGGUUUUUCUCUUUGUUCUUUUUUGUUGCCUGCUUUAGCCAGACUACAAACCUGUUGGGGAAGGGAAAGCUGAGGUGCCGCUGUGUUUCGCUUGUUCCCUUUUCUUCCCGUCGCUGAACAGAGUGCUCACAAUAUGAAAGAAAAAAUGCAACAACCUCUUGCUGAUGGCAAUAAUACCGUGGUCGUCCAAUGGAUACUCGAAGUGAAGGAUAUGUAUGGGGUGUGCGCUGGGCGAGUCGUUACUUCGUAUGUGUCAAGCGCCGCCUCCUCCAGUUGGAGCCCGCCGCGAUGGAGUUGCAGCAGAGAUGCCCUCCAACACCGCCCUGCUUACCUAAGAGCGUCACGUGAUAUGACAUCUGAGACGAUACGAAGUAAGAUACGUAAUUACCAUACAUGCGGUACUAACGUUCAGUUCUGUUGUACCGCACUUGCAAGUCCUUUUCACUCACAUAUGCUUUUGGUAACGUUUGUUGAAUUCCUAGCUAACGGCGCACUGACACGGCACAGUGAGCUAGGAAAGACAUCGAAGAGACGGAUCAAGUCGGUGAGAAUGGAGAAGAGUCAGCCUGUCGCAGAAGACACGCCUCCUUGAUUCUGAGCUGUGGAACCUUCGCGGAUAUCUUCCAUGGUUAAGUGGUCUCGGUGGUUCAUUGAUUGCGGGCUAACCCAAUGCAUGAAGUCGCAAAGUGGUUGAAAGUAGCAUCACCCGAAUAUAACAUA